AUGCCCGACACUGGAAGGCCCACUGACCCAGAUGGUCUGGUCCUGGAGGCUUGGGGCCAGGGCCUCAUGCUCGGCAGUCUGCUUAUUAUGGCUGCCAUCACCGUCUGCAAUAUGAAGAAGCAUAUCCUUCUACACAAGCUCAUUCUGGCCGAGUUAGUUCUGGCCAUGGCCAAUGGAACCUUCAUUUUCCCACAUGCCCCGGUCUAUGGUUGGUAUCAAUCCGCCACAGCCAUAGGCCUCAACGUCUCCUGGGCCCUUCACAAUGUCAUCGCCUGGAUGAAAAACCGACCAUUCCUGUCUCGUCGCUUCUCGAUGUUCUAUAUCAUCACCGUCAUGCUCUGCUGGCCGUACUGGGUCGUGGAGAUCUAUGCGAAUUUCACGUAUUUCAACAAUAUCAACACGAUAUUCCUGAAGACACGUCCGCUCGAACCGCUUUUCAGAGAUCCGUGGUGGGUCUUUACCACCAUCUCCCUAUUCUGGACCAUCAAGCGCGAGUAUAAUUUCGGACUGUGGGAACUAGUCCAAAUAAGCCCCCGCUUUGGGGUUAUGCUGAUAUCGAUGUGUCUAUCGAUUGGGUUUAUCGUUGUCGAUCUCCUCAGCGUCCUCAAUGUCUUUAAUGACUCGCUGCCCACGGGCAUUGAGCCAUUUUGGAAGUUAUCGUUUAUUUUCAAAUGUCUCUGUGACACAGUCAUCCUCGACGACUUCAAAACUGCGCUGGACCUGAUGCGCAGCUACUGGCUACGCAAGCAGGCCAGCGGUGAGAUCUUACUUACAAAACCUAAUGAACGCUCGCCGUUUCCCCGGCGAGGUGCCGCGAUCGACGACAUCGAGGUGGCUGGUAGGCCAGUCGUUGCGCAUGAUAUUGUGCGCAGUGAUAAAUCUUUCUCUGUGCCGAGAGUUGUGCUCAGGGAAAAUGUAUAA